AAUAACAAGUUUACUACAAAAAUAUCAAAAUAUUUUGCUUCAUUAACAGCUGAUUGCUAAAAAACCCGAACUCAAAGAUGGUGUCUUUUAUAUGUAACGCCUGUGGACAAUCAGUUCGUAAAAAUCAGGUUGAGAAACACUACCAGACGGUUUGUCGUCAGUGCAAUGUUCUGUCUUGCAUUGACUGUGGGAAAGAUUUCCAUGGCGAAGAAUAUGCUGCUCACACAAGUUGUAUAUCAGAAGCUGAAAAAUAUCAAGGCAAAUUGUUUCAGUCUAAGGAGAAGGCGAAUAAAGGAGAGCAAAAACAACAGGAAUGGAUAAAGCAACUUCAAGAAGUGACUGGAUCUGAUUCAGUCGACCCAUCAAUCAGAAAACACCUACAGACACUAAAACAAUAUUCCAAUAUCCCAAGAAAAAAGGCAAAGUUUCAGAAUUUUUGCAAAAACAGCGUAAAGAUAUAUGAUCAAACUACUCUGGAUAAACUGUGGGAUGCAUUUUCUGGAGGAAACAAGGCAAGCACACAAAACCAGAAGUCCAAUGGUGAGGCACAAGUUCCGGACCAAAAUAAUAAAGAAGAAGUGAAUAGCGAGUCUAGUAAAGAGGAACCAAAUGUUAAGGAAACUAAAAAGACAGAGAAAAAGGAAAAGAAAAAGAAGAAACGAGUGGAAGAAGUUGUAGGAAAUAAGAAAUCAAAAAAGGAUAAAGCAGAUGAUAACACAAAUGAACAAAAUGGAGCAGGGAAGAAGAAGAAAAGAAAAAGGAAACGUGAUGAAAAUGAACAAGAUGAACCAUCAGGGAAGAUAUCAAGAAUAGAAGACAAUAAUAAUAUGGAAGACGAAAUGGUGGAAGAAAAAGAUAUUCAAGGAAACUUUAACUGGGGUAGAAUAAUAAAGAUGGCUUUGAAGGAGGCACCAGAUAAUGAGCUUCCAGUAAAGAAACUUAGGAAAAAGGUACUUGCAGAGUUUAGGUCCAGAGGAGACAAUAAGCCAUUCACUGACAAUGAAUUGAGGGCACUUUUUGAGAAGAAAUUGAACAAAAAUCCCAAGAUAAAAGUGAAAAAGGACAUCGCUAGGCUUUGCAAGAAGAGUUAAUUUUUUUAGACAUUAUACACUGUCAUUAAAGAAUGUUUUCAAAGUAUAUAUUUUAUGAGUUUAAGAGAUUUUCAUAAAAAAWCAAGGUUGAAGGAACCCUUUCACACCAAAAACAAGGGCAGAUCCAAUUUUUGAGAGGGGAGUCCAAAUGUAUACUUCAUUACAAAAUUUACUUUUUACCCUGUGGCAAAAAUAGCUCUUAGGAUUAAUUAAACCUCAGGUAUGACAGGGAAGUCUGGAUGCCCAACCCUUGGAUCUACAAAUUCUUCAUAAUUGUGUUACUGGUAUGCUGAAAUGUUUUCACAUUUCAGACCAAGUGUCAAUCUCUUGAGAAUAACACUGUUAAACGAUGAUACUCUUGGUAAUGACAUGUGGUCUGAAAUAGAAAAACAUUUAUGCCAAAGGUAAAGAGGUUGAUUGUCUUCAAACUUCUCAAUAUCACAGAAUUAAGUAUAUAUUUGCAGUCUAUCUUGCAAAGCYAAUACUUUAAUACUGGUUGGUAGGCAGAAUGAUAAGCGAUGAGAGAAGUAGUCCUGUUUGUAUCAGCAAUGCAGUUAAAAAUAUUUAUUCUUGUAAUAUAAUUAUAUGUUUUUAACUAUUUUAAAGAGCUAAUAACGACUGUAACAAUUCAUUAAUUUUGCAUUCAAUGAUAGGUURCAUAAACAUUCAAAUUUGGUGAAUUGAUAUUUUUUUACUCAAAUAAUUCAACUAUAACAAUGGUGUUUGGGGUUCCUGUGGUCUCAUGGAAGCACAGGGAACCCAUAUUGAAUAUAUCCACAUUCAUUCUAGGAAACUAUAUUUCCUGUUUGUGUUUGGUUUAAAAAUCUGUUCAACAGGCUUUUUAGAAUCUUUGAACUGAACCAAUGCUUUUGUUUAUUGAGUUACGAUCUGUGAUGGCAGCUGAUAGAUAAAGCCAUUUUGUGUAAAUUGAGACAUGAAGGAAGUAAUCUUCAUUGAGUUACUACUUUAUGGAGGCCUUGGAAUGGUACCAUAAAACAAUGCAGAAAUGCAAACAAAGAUCCACUUAAAGCGUUCCUAAACGCACAUGAAGUAGUAACAACUGCAUUUGAUUGGAAAUGUUAUGGAACUAUAAAUCAGAUGGAGAACUCUGUACAAAUAGAACUCAAAACGAGAAAGUGAGUUUUCUUUUUGGUUUUACUAUCAGCCUCAUCUGCAUGAUUACUCUUUUCAUUGCUACACGCUGUUUAGACAACAGUUGUGACAUGGAAAUCAAGCAACAAACUACUAUCAAUCAAAUAAAUGGUUUGGUAUCCUUACAUGCAUUGACUGACGGCAGUGUAUUGCCCUAUUUUGUCACAACUGUUGUCUCGUUAAGAGUGUAGCAAUGAAAACAGUGGCAAGUCRAAAUUGGUCUUGGUACUGUAAAAAGUUCAUUUAUAAAAUUAUGUUUUCGGCGAUUAGGUGACAGCCUUGUCAGAUUGAAUAAAGUUCAAUUACAAAUUAUUGAUCACCAUGGAAACCAUUAGUUAAUCCUGAUUGACYAUCAGUCAUUGCUGCACGAGUUGGAAUCAUUGAUUUCUUGAUWUUAAAUACUUGUACUAUUUCCUACAGUGAACAAGAAUUAAAUAUCUAUCAGUCA